AUGAGCUCACUAAGCUACUCUCCUCCUGCUAAAGAAGAGGAGGUCUGCUGGACGGAGAAAGAAGCUCUAGUGAAAGAGGAGGAGGAAGAGGAGGAUGUUACAAUACAAAAACAAGUAGAGGGUGAGGCUGUUACCGUGAAAGAAGAAGAAGUUACAGUGAAAGAAGAGGAAGAAGCGUUCAGAGUGAAAGAGGAGGAGGAAGAGCAAGAUAACGUUUUUGAACUGAAAGAGGCGAUAGAAAAGGAAGCAGUUUUUGUAGUGACGGAGGAGGCAGAGAUGACUGUCACAUUGGAGGAAGAAGAGAAGACUGGAGAUCUGAUGAACACCAGUAAGUAGUAUUUUAAAAACGGGCACAAACUCUGCAGUUGUUGAACUGAAGUUAUAUAUUUGAAUAUGUUGUUCUGUACCAUUUUGUUAAAGUUACAAAGAGUGGGGGGGUCACCAACAAAACGUAACAAUGAAAUGUAUCCUAUUAUAUUAGACAGACUUUUCAGACUUCUAGACUAGACUUGGUUUCCAGAUGUUGUACAGCUUGUCUUUGUCCUAGUGAUUAAUUUGGCCGAUCUGAUUUGGAUUAAACAUCACAGGAAGACAGUUUUAUCAUGUGGAGGUUUCAUUCCGGGUCGUAUUCAUUAGUGAACACUGUAGCAAAAUGUUUUGCAUCGGAAAACAAAAACAAGCUUUUGUUAUGGGAAAGGGGGAUACCUAGUCAGUUGUACAACUGAAUGCAUUCAACUGAAAUGUGUCUUCCGCGUUUAACCCAACCCCUCUGAAUCAGAGAGGUGCGGGGGGCUGCCUUAAUCGACCUCCACGUCAUCGGCGCCCGUGGAACAGUGGGUUAACUUCCUUACUCGGGGGCAGAACGACAGAUUUCUACCUUGUCAGCUCGGAGAUUUGAUCCAGCAACCUUUGGGUUACUGGCCCACCGCUCCUACCCGCCAGGCUACCUGCUUGUCGUUCAUUUGGCCUAUUUUCUCCCGCUAUGUUUCUUGUUAAUUCAAUCCUGAUCUCUCUGUUAAACUAAACGGAGUGGCUGCGGUUCCGGAUCUGGCUUGCUGUUGCUAAAAAAUACGGAGGAUGCCGGAUCCACUAGCCUACCUCCUUUCAGCUGCUACUCAGUCACUCCGCUGCCGCUUGUACACAAAACAUUUUGAACAACAGUAGUUAUUUGUCUGUUGUAACAGUAGGCUAUUGCAAACAAGUUGUCUAGAAAUGUCAUGUUCUUUUUUUCAGGAGGGAAGUUACAUGCAGCUGUUUAGGCAAGCUAUAAGUAGCCUAUACAGUAUAUCAAACAAGCGCGUCACAGACAGGCAGUUAAUAGAGAUGUCAUGUUAUUUUUUCCAUCACCAUUGCAAACAGGAGGCAGACUCCUGGCUAAAUGGCAGCGUAACUGUAAAGAUUACAUCAUCACACACAACGCAGAUUAUUUUUGCCCCCAAUGUAAUAUGUACCCUGCGUCUGCUUGUGCUACGGCAAUAUCUGUUACAGCAGACAAGAUUAGGUUGGAGCCUUCUUAAUAUAUCUAUUUUUGGAAUGUUUGUUCAAAUCGCAGCAGGGUUUUUAUUUCAGCUGUUCAGAAAUAUGAGGCAGAGACAUCACCGUGGUUCAGACCAGGCUACAUCACCAUGGUUCAGACCAGGCUACAUCCCCAUGGUUCAGACCAGGCUACAUCCCCAUGGUUCAGACCAGGCUACAUCCCCAUGGUUCAGACCAGGCUACAUCCCCAUGGUUCAGACCAGGCUACAUCCCCAUGGUUCAGACCAGGCUACAUCCCCAUGGUUCAGACCAGGCUACAUCCCCAUGGUUCAGACCAGGCUACAUCCCCAUGGUUCAGACCAGGCUACAUCACCAUGGUUCAGACCAGGCUACAUCCCCAUGGUUCAGACCAGGCUACAUCCCCAUGGUUCAGGCCAGGCUACAUCCCCAUGGUUCAGACCAGGCUACAUCAUCAUAUCGAUCAAAUUGGUUGAGAGUUCGGAAGAGGGUAAAGAGAGAAACAUGAAUGCGCAGAACGUGAUUUGGAUCCUUAGUUUUAAGAAGUAUGUUUCCAGGGGGGCGGGGCGGCGGCGAAAACUCUGGAUUCGUAGCGAAAACUCUGUAUUCGUAGCGAAAACUCUGUAUUCGUAGCGAAAACUCUGGAUUCGUAGCGAAAACUCUGUAUUCGUAGCGAAAACUCUGGAUUCGUAG